GAUCCGUAACGCAAGCAUCGAUUAACUGUUACGAAAAUGCUGCCAUUUUAAAUCUAGACACUGUGUGUUCAGUAUCAUUUCUUAUUGGUGUUAUUACUACUAUUGCAGCAAUGUUUACUGAUCUGUCAUAGCUCUAGUUGUAAAAGAACGGAGCGUGCGCGCACGCACACGCACACACAUACACGCCGGCGCGUGCGCGCACACGGAGAGCAUGAUGCUGGCAGCGCGGUACUUGACUACCGGAGCUCCAGGUUGCGCAUUAUUUCACUUAUCUUUGGACACGAGAACGCACAGAGCCAUGAAGCUCAGCUCAGAGUGAGGAACUAGCCGGAUAUCUCACCAAUCCAGUCGGAGAACUACACAGGACGAGGCGGACGUGCGCCUUCAUCCUGAGGACCUUUCUCCAUCUUUUGGUAUAUAAACAUUUCUCAGUCUUCUUGUACUGCGGACUAGUGGAAUGAGCUGCUUUUGUUCCGCUGUUGCUUCCAGUGCAGUAUGGGAACUGCCGUGUCCAAAAGAAAGAAUUUAAGGAACGAUGCCAUUUCUUCCGUCGCCGCAAAAGUUAGAGCAGCUCGAGCAUUUGGAGAGUGCCUGUCGCAAAGCAACCCUGAAAACCGCAACGGAUCAGAUCACCUGCUGUCUGACACCUUUGUUGGCCAAGAUUCUGAAUCCCCAAGCAUUAGCUGCCUGCACAACAAUAACCAUCUGCAGCCGUACUCUAGAACAUCUCCCGUAGCCAAGCACACGCAAGAUCAGCCAGAUCCGGGCCUUGUGCCAGUUCCUGUGUCCACCAGUGCCAAGCGUCGUCUCUCUGUGGAGCGCAGCCUCUCAUCAGAGGAUCAGCCGCAAUCCCAGCAGCCACUACAGAGUUCAGUGAAGCCAGCACACGUCUAUACCAUCAGUAGGGAAGGUGGCAUGCUGGGGGCCAGGGGUAGCGAGGAGAGCCUGGAGCUUGAGGUCCUAAAGGGCCCCCAAACUCACACCAACCACCAGAGGACAAGCCGGCGCAGUGGUCAUGCCCACCACCAUCAUGCUCCAUCGUCUCAGCCAUUACAGAGCUCAGGAAGUGCACAUAACAUCCACGAUUGGGGUUCGAGACGCAGCAGUUCGAAAGAGGACUGUCCUCCGAGGCCACCAUGUCACAGCCAGCGUUCACUCGACCUUGAAACGGUGCCAAGAGAUGCCUCUAAGCAGCGCAAGAAACUUGAGAGGAUGUACAGUGAGGAUCGGGUGUCCACUGAGGACCGAGAAGAUCACACCAACAACUGGUUACCCAAAGAGAACAUGUUUAGCUUCCAGACCGCCACCACCACCAUGCAAGCAAUAUCGGCUUUCCGCGGCUUUGCUGACAGAAAGAGGAGGAAAAGAGAGCAGGAGGCCACCACACUGAUUGAGAGAAACUUCCGGAAGCACCUGAGGAUGGUGGGCAGCAGGAGGAUGAAGGCCCAGUCAUUCGCCGAUCGCAAAGCGAAGAGCUUCAGCCGCUCCUGGAGUGACCCUACACCCGUCAAGCCAGACUCGCUCCACGACUCCAGAGACAGUGGAGAUCUGCAGGCAUCCUCAGGCACUCUUGAUGAGGGGGAGUACGAUGAUGUGGACUGGGAGGAGGAGAAAGAGCUGGAGCGUCUGGCUUGUGAAGGCGAUGACUUCAUUCCUCCUAAAAUCAUGCUGAUUUCAUCCAAGGUUCCCAAGGCGGAGUAUGUGCCCAACAUCAUACGUAGAAACGACCCAUCCAUCAUCCCUAUCCUCUAUGACCACGAGCAUGCGACUUUUGAUGAUAUACUGGAGGAGAUUGAAAAGAAACUCACCGCCUACAGGAAAGGCUGCAAAAUUUGGAACAUGCUUAUCUUCUGUCAGGGAGGACCAGGACAUCUUUAUCUCCUGAAGAACAAAGUGGCCACAUUUGCUAAAGUGGAGAAGGAGGAGGACAUGAUUCAGUUCUGGAAAAAACUUGCUCGGCUUAUGAGUUUGCUGAAUCCCGAACCAAAUCUCAUCCAUAUUAUGGGCUGUUAUGUGCUGGGCAAUACAAAUGGAGAGAAGCUUGUGCAGAACCUCAAGAGGCUGAUGAGACCAUAUGCUGUGGAGUUUAAGAGUCCUCUGGAACUCUCUGCACAAGGGAAGGAGAUGAUCGAGAUGUACUUUGACUUCCGUCUGUUCCGGCUGUGGAAAAGCCGGCAGCACUCCAAACUCCUCGACUACGAUGACCUCUUGUGACAUCUUGUCCUUUCUCUUUAGAGCGCCCGAGAAAGGCGCGUAGCUCCAUUUAGGGCCCUAUCGUGGCUGUGUUCCCCUCUAGAGCCUCAGUGUAAACGCUCUGAAGCUGGAGGAAGGUGAUGAGGAAGCAUGAAGAUGGCUGUUGGAAUCGUUCGCGCCGACAUGCGGACGAAGGCAGGAGAUUCAGCCAUUGCUGGUGUCAUUUGAUGUCCAGACCUUUUGAACUCAUGCCUAGGAAUGAGAAAUAUAAUGGAUAAUGCUGAUGGAUGGUAGGUUCAUCUAGAACUUAAUGAUCUGUUUGAACGGAAAUGGAUUUUCUUAUGGGACAUCCCAGGAAAGGAAACUAACAUAGCCACAUUUGUUGUUGAGUAGCUGUGUUGUAAUGAACCAACAGGGACCAUUUUUGGUCUUUGCGAUUCAGUCUUCUUUAGCAACUUAGAAAAUACUUCUAUGUUCUUUAUCAGGUAGAGACAGUAAAAUGCUUUACUAAUCUCACAGGACUCUGUAUAGUACUGUAGUCAACAAAUUCAUCAUACUAUUCCUUACUUAUUCAGAGCAUUGAUAUUUUUUGACAUACGACCUGAUUUUUUUUCUGGAGGAGAACUCAGGUUUUAUAAAGUAACCUCCCUGACCUUCUUCCAUAGUCAAUAAGAGAACAGGCUGGUAGACAACAAUGAUUCAUAAUUACUAACAGGAGUAAUGGGAGUUGUGGAAAACGAGAGGUCAGACAACAUAUAAUGUAGAAUUUCUUUUGAGUCAGUGUGUGUGUGCGCACUAGAUUUUCAUAGAGUUAGAAAUUAGAUUUUUAAUGCUUGAGUAAUGCUUGCGUAAAAUUUUUGGGUAUUGCUAUGUAUUUCAGGGCAGAUGCUAGAUUUAAAACCGCCGUCUCCGUCAGAUGUAGGUAUGUGCCAGUGACAGAGCAGCAUUUGGUUCAACACGGCAUCACACUUACAAAUUUAAUACAAAUCAGAUAAAUUUAGAAAUUUAUAACAGGAUUAGGUUCACAUGCUGAAAAAAGUUCCGAUAUUGUUUUUCAAAAUUAAUUAAAAAAUUAGCUAUAUUUUGUUUUUUAACUUAUAUCGAAGGUUUCUUUCAUUGUAGUAACGUUAAUAUUUUUUAUAGUAAUAUCAGAUUAAAUCCUUGAAUUGCGGAGAAUUUGGUCCACUGAACGAAUGAAAAAUUGAGCUUAAUUUAGAAACCUGAAAAUUUGGUAAGUUUUCAAUAAAUAAAAACCCUAUUAAAAGUUAAACAGUUAAAAUGCUGCCAAAUACAAUAGUGUGGUGAUAUUGUGCGAAGUAUGUGAUAAAAAGCUAGGUCAUUUAAAUGAAAAGCAUAUUUCAUAGAGUAGAUGAUAAUAUUAGUUAAAUCUGUUUCAUGUUUAUUAUUGAGGUGUACUGAUAACCUGAAGUUCAUCCUGAGUGAUAUUGUUGUAAAACCUCUCGUACAUACACGUGUGUGCAUUCCUACAUGUUCAGAUGUCUACUGCUGCUUUGUUAAUGUAGACCUUUAUCUCUAUAACAUUAGAGGGAAGUACCAGAGCUAAUGCUUCUUUAUAACAUAAGGCUAAAAGCCGCUGUUCUUCGCAAUACUUCUUUUAUGAUCAUAAUCAUUAACAAACAAAUGCUGCUGUGAGAGAUUUUAGAUCAUGAUUUUAAAUUAAACUUUUAAUCUUGCCAUAAAAGAUUUGGAGGUUUGUCUGUACGCAAAUGAGCCUAAAAAUAAGUAAUAAGGUAAAUAAUACAAUACAGUCAGUGCAGUUAUAGGAAAAAGAGCUAUUCUUACUACACCAAAGUUGAUUGUUUUAUUAAUCUUAUACCACUGCAUAUUAAUCCUGCUGUAGUAUAAUAUUAAUUUGAUUGGUCUUAUACCAUAGCAUUGUUGUAGGAUUUAUCUGUUUAUAGUUAAUAGUUUAUACUCUUAACUGUUAAUUCCUUUAAUUUUGUUUUAAGUUCCUGUUAUGUCUAUGUUUCUUUCUCUCUUUAAGUUUAUAUAAGAUCCUUCCUGAAGGUUUCUGUGUCUAAAAGUUUAGUCACAGAUUUUUCUCUGACUGUUACAACACACAGACACUGGAGACUCCUUCCGUUAAUGUUAAACACAAAACAAUUCAUUUUUAAUCAGGCCCUCUAGGAUUUCACGUUCUUGCGAUCGCAGAAAUCAACCCAAAAGCAGUGUCUGGGGCAGUCUGUAACUGUAAAUUUUUCACAGAUUUGAGUUGAGACAUUUCAUUUGACGUCAUCACCGAGUAUUCAGUCAAAGCCCUCAUUUGAAAGAAGCUCAAAAGGAGAAUCCCGUGCUUGCAAUUUCACCAGCUCAAGUAGUUUUCUUAAGAAAAAGAAAUCAUAAAAAUCUGCAAGUUGCUUUGCAAAUUUUGGUGAAAAACUAAUGAGGUAAAAAGAGGUGGAAUUGUUCUAGAUUUAAAAGUGCCAUCCCCGUUCGGUUAGACACAGCACCACACUUCCAAAUUUAAAACAAAUCGGAUGAUAAAUAUCUGUAACUUUAAACUACAUACAUAAUCAACAAACAUUGAAUCACAUUUGCUUUUAAAAUUAUAAUAGGGUUAGAUUAAACCCACUAAAAAAAAAUUCCAACCUUUUUAUCAAAAUGCAAAAUAAAACAAUUUUUUUCACAUUAUUUUAUUUGAUUUUUUGCAAAGAAACACAGCAAAAUCAAAUGUUUUUGGUUGCAACCCAACUCAUUUUUCCAGGAGGGAAAUUCCCAGAGGGACUGAUUACAUUUAGGUAGAUCGUUAGCUAGAGCAAGUUCAUUAAUAGAAACAUUGUUUGUAUUUAAACUUUCUGACGAAUCAAAUUUGAGAUUUCAACAAUGCCGUGGUAUAAGCUUUAAAAAUGACCACCUGUGUAUUUGCUGAUCAAUUUUCUUGAUCAAUUCUGUAAUAAGUGGAGAAUGUUUAAUCUUCCAGCUCCUGUCUCAGACAUUUAAUUUUUUCCAGCACUGUGCUGUUUGAUUUUCUUCUGCCGUUUGGUUGCAUUUAUUAUAUAUCCAUGUAUGUACGAGCCAAGGAUAUAUAGGUCAACAAGAACAAUAGCGCUGACCUUAAUGAGCUCAUCAGAGGCCUGGGCUCGGAGCCAGUCACAAAGGCGAGAACCAUAAGGACACAGCAAGUGAUGUAGAACCAUCUGGGUGUUGGGCGCUAAUCUCUUGGACAGGACACCAUGUGACUGUGACUUCCACACAUGCCUCACCUAAAGCUGGAGCGUGAUAUUCCAAUGAGAUUGUGAGAUUUCGCAGAUCGCUAAAUGUCUGGAAGUUUGUUCUGAGUCAUGAAUUACAUCGCCCCCGUCGGCUACGAGACUGAACUCUGAGCUCAGAGGAAGUUUUAAACCUGCAUGUCUCUCAAUAGACAUCUUUGAAUUCAUGGCUUUAUUUGGUAGCAAUAGACAUUGUGACAUCAACUGUAGAAUAUUUGUAUGUGAAAUGUGUUUUCAUGUGUAUCUCAGACUAUCGUUUAUCAGUCACUGACAUCGGCGUCGCAAUAGAGUGUGUGAGAAACAUGUUUAGGAUCAGACUCAGGACUAAAAUGCAUAACAGAUAACAGAUAGUGUAUAAGUGUAAUUAUAGAUGUAUUGUAUUAAUAGUGUAACGUUACACUAAGGACACUAUUUAUUGUUUAGAGAAGUCCUUUGUGAGUGUUAUUGUGAGAUUUAACUUUAGAAGGUAUUAUAAACUGACUUUACUAAUAUGUUAUUGAUACCUAGUGCUAACAGGGUAGUGUUCAUAGGGCUACAGAACACCUGCAGAAGCCUUUCAGGACAAAUAAUAUUAACCUACAGAAAAUGUUUGUAAAGUAUUAUUUCCUCAAUUGAAAAGAAAUGACAAAAUCCAGCCACGUAACCUAGAAUUGUUGUUGACAUAAGAUUAUGGUUUGACAUUUUAGGACUGAUGUAUAUUAAAUGGUCUCACUAUACAAUAAAAGUCAUGAACUAAUACCUGAAUUAAUACUUAAAUAUAUAAAUAUGAACUAAUCAUGAGUUAAGUUUUAAUUAAUGAAGAGACUAACUCCUACCCUAACACUUUAGCCCCUAACUCAAUACUAACACCAAAACCCUACCCUAUUCUCUAAUGUUACCCUAACUACUAAACCCAAACCUAAUUCCAACCCUAACCCUCUUACUCAAAGCCCUAACCCCAAGCCUUAACCCCAACCCCAAGUCUAUUACCACAAACAUAACUUUAACCCAUAACCCUAAUGCAUAACCCUAACCCCUGAGCACAAACCUAAAUCUCUUACUCCUACCCCAAACUCCAACCCUUAACCCAACCCCUAAAUACAAACCUAACCUCCAACCCUUAACCCAACUCCUGAAUACAAACCUAACUCUAUCACCACAAACCUAACUUAGGUUAGGUACCCCUACCCCAAACUCCAACCCUUAACCCAACCCCUGAAUACAAACCUAACUGUAUCACCACAAACCUAACUUCAACCCGUAACCCCAACCCCAACCCAUAACCAUUGAGCACAAACCUAAAGCUCUUACCUCUACCACAAACUCCAGCCCUUAACCCCGACCCCUAAACACAAACCCAAACCUCAUAUCCCAACCACAAACUGCAACCCUUAACCCUAACCCUAGCCCCACCCUAACUAAAUUAAAUAUGAUCUAAGACUAAACCAACAGAAAAUAAUCAGAACACUGAUUUAAAUUAACAUUUAAAUUGUCUUUAAAGUCCUGUGUUAGAUUAUGUAUAUGAAUAAAUGUGUGUAGAGCUCUGGAUGAGGAUCAGUGUGACGUUAACGUGUACACUAACAUCAACUAACAAAGUUAUACAUUCUUUUACGCUUGAAUUCUCAAGACUCAUAUUGUGAGUUAAGUUAAUUCAUCAUUAGUUUAUGAAUAGUACAUGCCUUAAUUCAUCAUUAGUUAAUAGUUAAGUUAGUAUUAAUUCAGCUAUCAGUGCAGGAUUAAUCGUGUGCUACUAAUGUAAAGUGUUACCUUAAAUAUUAAAGACAAUUUGUAGUUUUUUGCUCUUCUGGUAUGAUAAGUCCCAUAAUGGUGAUGAUAUUAUCUGUCUAACGCAAUGCUCUAAUUUAGCAAAUAUUAGCGUCAGCGCUAAUAUACAUUACUUACCCUGGUUUUGCCAUUGAGUAUUCAUAAAGAUCCGUUAAGAUUCAUAAAAUACACACAUCUGUCAUUGUGUUUCAUGGAAUCGUUAUAGUACACAUCAGCUUGAACUUUUACGAUGUAGUUAACGAUGUGACUCAACAGGUUUUCAGGUCAAUGUCAAAACCAAGUGCCUAGUACUUUCCAGCUGAACCUUUAUUAGCAUCAAUGUCACGUCACCAUUAUGUGUCUGUGUCACGACAUCCUGACAGCUCAAAAGAAAACUUCACCUUGAACCACAGUAAAAAUACUGUAUCUUCAUAAUUGUCUAUUUUAAAUAGAGAAUUAUCUCAAGCAUAAGGGUUAGAUUCUGUUCUUACUACAUUCAGUGUCACAAUCACAGUGAGAAGUCCAGUGAAGCAGAAACAAAUGUUGUGCUAUGAUGCGUUAUGUCAUCGACCAGGCGUAGCUAGCUAGAGUUUUAAGAUGACUAGCACUUUUUUAGAUGUUAGAUCCAGAAUUCAAACUGAACUGCUUGAGAAGAUUGUACACACGAGGAAGUGAGAGAGCUGGACAGACUAACAGACUAAAGCUCUUCUUCAUCACACUUUAUAUGUCAAAUUGAAGCUAGGGCUAAAUCCAAAUCUAAAAAUCAUGGUCUAUCGGCAUUGUGGGUAAACCAGUAGCUGAGUGAAAAUGGACCAACAUGUUAAUGAAAAAACACAAAAAAAUCAACACAACUGAACCACUCAUGAUGACAUAUGGAUUGUUUAUUCAGUAUAGAUAUUUUCUUUCAAGUCAGACCAAAAAGUUGAUCGGUCUCUUCAGGAUUCUGUGAAAAUCAAGCUAACACAUUGAGAAGUUCUCACUCUGAUUUUCCAUAAAUUUGAGCCAGGAUGCAUUUAGCGAUGUCAUCAAAAUGCACAUUUAGCUAGAAAUUCAUUGCAUAUGUGUUUUCACCAGAAGAAGUUUAAGAAAGAAUCCCAUCCUUGCAAUUUCACUAAGUAGUUUUCAGCAUGAACUUUGGAAAAAACAAAACAAAACAAAAAAAAAAACAACAGAAAAAUAAUUUUUGGCUGAUACUCAGAAUUGAUGAUGAAUUGAUCACAGAAUUGAUGAUGAACUGUUGAAAUGAAAUAACCCUUUAUAAAUAUUUCUAUAGGUUUACUGUAUCCCACGGGUUAUUGAGGUGUCAGAAAUCUCUAUGAACACUACUCACUUUACAAAAUAAAGCGUUACUCAUAUAGCAUAAGGUUUGAUGUCAAGGAUGAGUGCGUACUGAUUUUAAGGGGUCUGCAUUUAUAUUCGAUGAAACGGAAUAAAAUGUGCACGGCAAAAAGUUCACGAUAAUGUUCAAUGUCAGGAAAGAAAUCACACUGGGGUCCUUUUGACCAUCUGAUUGCUUCUUGGAAAAGUGGACUGCAGAAAUUCAAAUCAAAUCAUUUCUCAUCAGCGCCUUGAAUAAUCGAAUCGCAAAUGAAACCUUCUGAAGCAGGCCCGAAGACUAAGGUCCUUUUGGUUGUCCUGUUGCCAUAACGUUCUUUUCUAAAAUGACUCCAGGGAUAUUGAUUGGAUUAAAUUCCUGACUGAUUGGCAGUAUCGUGAAUGCGCUGCAUGGUGUCGGCUCACAGGAAUGAAAAGCCAGGAGUCGAGGACACUUAGAAUCGUCCGACGUUGAACUUAACGACUCCUCUGGUAAUUUUGAUACAAUGAGCUAACUCAUGGUUUAUAUCUUUAUUAGUCCAAUAUAUUUAUUUAUUUCAGAAAUUCUAUUAGAAAUCUACAGAUUUACUGUAACGCUGUACUUACACAGUUGUAUGGUUUUACCUUGUCCUGUAGCAGUACAGCACUGAGCAUUAAAGAUGUUUCUAAAAUGGAUUUUUCAAUAAAAAUCUAGG